AUGAGUCAUAACAAUUCUCUAAAUUGCAGAGGGCUUGACAACGUUGCCAUUAUAGAUUCCUCCACUCACAGUCAAGAAGAAGAGAAGAAGUUUGGCAGGAUUUGUAGUGCGUCAGAUGUCCAGUUAGUAAAGCAUUUUUUAAGUUUGAUUCCCAUGUGGACUACCAUUCUUGUGGUUGGUUUGGUAUUAUCAACAGGUGACACCUUUUUUCCUGACCAGGGAACCAAUAUGGAGUCCUCAGAUUUUUUAGUAUCCCUAUUUAUACUUAAAAGUCUUUCACGGCGAAUGGGCUCCUCUCUGUUAUUGAUAUUAGUCCACUCAGAAUGGAUACCAAAAGCUAAAAGGAAAACAGCUAUACAAGUUGGAAUUUGGGCUGGAAUUGUUUCAUCUAUACUUUGCUCUUCUGUUGGAUGGCAGGUUGAGCAUCGUAGGACGACAAUAAUUCGAGAUAAUGGAUUAUCGAACAUUAAGCCUGAUGAUUAUAGAACUAUACCCAUGAGUAUAUUCUGGCUUUCUCCUCAGUUCUUUCUGUUAGGUCUCACGGAAGGGCUUGUUGCAACUGGACUCGAUGAAUUCAUUGUUGAUCAGUUCCAAGAUCCAUGGAAGGAGUAUGUAUCCGAAAUUAAUGAGUUCGUUAUUGGACUUGGAAAUUUUCUUAGCAUGCUUUUUAUUCAAGCAAACAAAAACUUGUUUGGAGACACCUUGAACAAUAGUCGGCUAAACGAGUACUACCAUCGGCUAACCAUUGUUAGUUAUGUCAACAUGCUUUUCUUUUUUUCUGUUAUAUACAUCUUCUACGGAUCCAGGUACCCAAAUAUAAGUGGCGGAACCAAAUGUUGCAUCAUCCCGGCUGCAGCCCGGCUAAGAGUUUCGGAAAAGGAAUAA